AUGCUUGAGCUCCGGUUGCGCGCAUGCAGCAGCAUUCCCGCUCUCAAGCAUUUUGCCUCCCGCUCCCUCCCGUUCUUUGCUUUUAGCAUGAACCGCUUCGGAGGAUCUCAUCCGCUUCGCGAUCUGGCCCGUGGCUUGCGGUAUGCCCAGGCUGGCUUGGGAUCCGGCCCAACUACGCCGUCCCUUGGACCUGGCCCGGCUGUUGCGGUCAUUGAUCCGCCGGCCCAGAAUCAGGCCGACCCGGCCGCCAAUGCUGGCGAUGGUCAGCCGGCCGCCGUCCCUGAUCCGGCCCCGGCUGUUGCUGCCUCCAAUAUGGCCACCCCAGCCCCGGUUAGCACGGCCACACCGGCCCCGGUGCCUGCCGCUGCCCCUGCGGAUCCCCCCGGCGGUUACUUGGCCACCUCGAAGGCUGCCUCCGGAACCCGCUCUGGUGCUGGUGUUCCUGCUGGUGAUGGCACUGCUCCGGCCGCUCCCAUCCAGCCGGCCCCUCCGAUGAUCCAGACCAAAGCGGUGCCCAAGCACCCGCCCACAACCGGUGGCCUGCCUUCCAAUCCCCCGGCUGCUGCUGCGAUCCCGCCGGCCUCGGCAGACACCCGCCCGGCGGAUUCGGGUCAGCAAGCUUCCGGCUCCGGUCAGCCAGCGUCCGGCUCUGAGCCGCGUCCGGCCGAGUGGAUGGCUCCGCCGUAUGACCCGGAUCGAGAGCGCGCCUUGCGCCAAGUCAUGCUGGAGUUCCUUCCCGAAGCAGAUGAUGACUUGGUCUACUCCGGGCUGGCCGAUCUCCAGCUGAGCCAGGCAUCCCGGUUGCUGGUGCUUCUCUCCGAGGUGUGCCAGGACAACUUUUAUGCCCUGGCCAACCUGGGGCAGUACGACGUCGAGGCGCCGAUCUCCGUAUUGGCCGCUCAGUCUACCCGGCCCGGCUCCGUUCCGGGGCAGUACCGUCCGGUUGGCGCACGCUCCAUGCCGGAGGGCCCCCGCUUACCGGACCGUGAAGGUGCAGAGGCCAUCCGGGAGAACCUGGCCCGCCCCCAGCCCAGCUUCCCGCCAAUCCGCAUUGCCCGGACCGACACUCGCGAUAUUGCUCUGGAUGUGCCUCUGGUGCACUGUGACCGGAACCGGCCCUCGGUGACGCCCCAGUUCGAUCCGGAUGCUCCGCUGACCCCGAGGCGCAUCAACACCGGUCCGUGGAACAAGUCAGAAGGCUGGAUGCGCCUGUCCAUCUGCCUUCCGGACUCUCCCGGCCCGUUUGUCCGCGACCCGGAUACAUGGCCUUAUCCGGACCUCUUUUGCUUUGAGCUGGAGGAUUUACCACCAUGGGUGCCGAUCCAGCAGCCCCCGUCCGGCUUGACGCACCUCCGGAUCCGCAACACCGAAAUCCUCGUGGCCGCGGCCUGGCGUGCUUUCACAGGUUGCUCCUCUGAGUCUGCUCCUGUCAGGCCCAGCCGGGCACCCCUGUUGCGGCCGGGUUCCAGCUGGUCGCGGGUGUUUCAUCAAAAUCUCCUGCAUCUGCCUCUGGUGUGCCUGACCUGGCCCUUCCCGGCCUGGUCGUCCCGCCCUUGGCUUGCCCUCCUGACAGCCUGCGUCUGCCUGGCUGGUGCCUGCGCCCUAGGCCGGUGCCCAAGCCCUGCUCGCCUCCUUCGGCCUCGCCUGGACUUCUUCUCUGCCCUCGGGUUCCUGCCCGUCGCGCUCCUGUGUUCCCUCGUGGGCCGUCCGUCUUCUCUCCACCCGUACCACGGGCGUCGUGUGUCUGUUGGGUCUAGCUCCAAAUCGCCGUUGUUGCCCGACGCUGGCGGUGACACCCCGGCCCCAUCUGGCAACUACAUCCUCGGGUCUCUUCCCCUUGCCUCGGCCUCGGACUCUGGGUCCUCCAUGGCCGCCGCUGCUGAGGCCGCCCUCGUGACUUUGAGGGCCGCUUUUUGCGAUGCCGUGCAGGACCUCGGUGAUGAUUGCACACUUUGGCUUCACACGAAACUGGUGCCGUCCCCCCGUGAGCUCCAAACCCGGGCGGUCGCGAAGUUUGCCCCAUCUACCCUCACUGUUUAUCUGCGUCUCUGGAGUGCCUGGGUCCUGCACUGUCGCCGCUUCGGUUUCAGUUGUUCCGACCCGGCUUCCGGGACCGUUCCUGAUUGGCUUCACCGGAACGCCGCCCCCUCCGGACUUGCGACUUCGGCCUUUAAGUCACUUAGCUGGAUGUCGCGCAUUGCUGGCUUGCCUUCACUUGCGGCGCAAUUGCAAACUCCGUUGUGCACUGCGUUCCUCACCGCUACCAUCCCCAUUGAACGACGAGAAUCCCUGCCGUUCUCCGUCUCUUUUGUUGCUUGGCUGGAACGUCGAGUUAUGUGUCCGGACACUCCGGCCCGGGAUGCCCUGGUGAUGGGAUCCGUGCUCUGCUUGAUCUGGUCCAGUUUGCGCUGGAACGACGGGCUCUGGUCUCCGCCCGGCCGUUUGGUGCUUCAGUACGACUCUUCCGCCGUGACCGGCCUGGCCACUCGCACGAAAAGUUGCCGUGCCUCCAUGCCUUGGGGCUGUCAACUGUUCGGCCUCACUGGGGGCCCCUCUGCCUGCUGGGGCCUGUCGUGGCUCAAUGGACACCCGACUCCGUUUCCCCGGCCGGUCCGUGGAUUUUCUAUUGCCCUUGCUUGCUCCGGAUACCGAAUCCUUGGUCAUGGUUUCUCCUUUGCACCGGUCGCGGGCCAUGCCCUGGCUCCGGGCAUUGUUGGACGAACAUUGGGCCAUCACCGGCCGUCCGCUAUGGAGGGAUCCGUCCGCGUCUAUAGCAGGGACGACGUUGGCCCCAUGUUAUUGCUCCAAUCCGAAGUUAUCAACCGCAUCCGGUCGGGAUUCCGCCCUUUGCAGCCUGUUGCUCGUGGUGCGUCCCGCCCGCUUCCUGACUUCCGGGUCUCCUUGCCCCCUCCGGACCGCCAUAUGGCAGGCGAGGCCCCUAAAGAUGUUCCCCCUCGUUCUCGCUCUCCGGUUCCUCAUGCCAAGUCCAGUGCCGCGGCUCCGGUGGAUGAUGUUCCGGAACUCUCGGCUGACAGUUCCGACUCUGAUGUGUCAACCGCGUCCGCCAGUGACGUUGACACCUCAGUGCCUGCAAAACCGAAGCUGGCCGUCCGGCCCAAGCGCCCGGCGGCCCACACAUCGGAUGACCUUCGGGCCUUCCUGGUAAAUCCGCGCAGCAACAUUGUUCACAAAGCGGUAGAGGUUCUUCUAGUCCGGGUUCCGGCCACCAACCACAUGGCUGCCGACUACCCCGCCACGAGUUACACGGCCUCUUCCCAGCAAGCGCCUGCUCCGGACGUUUGGCACACUUUCAGGGCGGCCCGUGGCCAUGACGGCGCAGUCCUGCUGCCUUCCGUCCCGGAACUGGUGGACCUGGAAGAGCUUAGCGAUGAGGACCUGCUGGCUAUGCUCCGCCGGUGCUCGGCUGGCUUCUUGGCACGCCUGGCCCGCCUCAUCGGCAGGAUCCUCCGCCCGGUGCCGCAAGUGGUGACCUGCCAUCUCCCUUGCGUGAAUCCGGAAUGCAACCAGGUGUGUGGCCGGGUCAUCGACGUCACUCGCCGCCGCCAGCAUCGGAACCAUGCCUGUCGGGUUUGCCACAGUUUCGGAUGGUGA